AUCACCUCCUUAAACACCUGCCAUGCAGGCUCAACCCCCCACAGUUGGGACGCUUCUUUUUAUAUCCAUUUCUCUCUCUCCCAUACACACACUGCAAAACCUUUACUUUCCUCCCUAUGCAACAGUGAGACCUUCCUCUCCUCCUGCCCCUCUGCCUCACCAUUGGAGCCCUAUUAGGAUACAACUGGUUUUCUAUACGAAAAGGAGUCGCCUUUGGAGGGGAGGAGGAAGAGGAGAGGCAUUUUUUUCUCCGCCGGCUGGACUUUUCACUGCUCCUCUUGCUACGCACGUUCAUCUCUUUCCAUCUCACUCCGCCAUGAGUCCAAGCUUUCACUACGCUCCAUCCAUCCUCUUCUGCGCCGAGGACAACGGCAGCAUCCUGCGAUUUGAUGAUGAGGAGGAGGAGAGCGGGCGGAGCCCUAGUUGGGCGCCUGAACCAAAAAGCUGCGUUUUUGAGAGAGAUUGCUUCAUGGAUUUCCCCCUGCAAUCAGAUGAGUGCUUGAGCUUGUUGGUCGAGAGGGAAAUGGAGUACCUUCCGAGGGAGGACUACGGCGAGCGGCUGCGCUCCGGAGCAUUAAACCUCGCCGUCAGGGGAGAGAUUAUUGAUUGGAUGUGGAAGGCUCACGCCUACUAUCAAUUUGGAGCACUGAGUGCCUAUUUAUGUGUCAACUACUUGGAUCGGUUCCUCAAUGCCUAUGAGCUUCCACAAGGCAAGUCUUGGAUGACACAACUACUGUCAGUGGCCUGCCUAUCUUUGGCUGCCAAGAUGGAGGAAACUGAAGUCCCUUUGAUCUUGGAUCUACAGGUCGGCGGCGAGGCAAAGUUUGUGUUUGAAGCUAAAACCAUCCAGAGAAUGGAGCUUCUGGUGCUCAGUACCCUCAAAUGGAGAAUGCAAACUGUGACUCCAUUCUCGUUCAUAGAUUUCUUCCUUCACAAAUUCAGUGGUGGCAAUGCACCUUCCAAGCUAUCCCUCUCACAUUCUGCUGAACUCGUAUUAGCAACUAUUCGAGGUGUUGAUUUCUUAGGAUUCAGACCUUCAGUAAUUGCUGCUGCCAUUGCACUGACGGUUCUGGGAGACACUCAGGUUGUGAAUUUUGAGAGCACCUUGUCUUGCUGUUCCCUUGUAGCAAAGGAAGAGGUGUCGAAAUGUUUGGAAGCAAUUGAAAACAAAGUACUGAUGAGAAGACAACCAGGUAAAGGCAAUGUUAGCCCCUCAGUGUCCUCUGUGCCACAAAGCCCAUUCGGAGUGCUCGAUGCUGCUGCAUGCCUGAGCUACAAGAGUGACGACGCAACUGUUGUCUCGCAAUCCACAAGUCAUGGCGCACCAUCUCCGGCCAGCAAAAGGAGGAAAACGAGCAGAUGAUGAACACAAAGACAGGGCUUUUAAAACCGUGAAAAGAAACAAGAAUCAGUGAUGCUGAAGAUCAGAAAUGCCUCCGAGGAGAGUUGCUAUGCUAGCUAGUGAGCAAAAUAAUGUAUUACUCGUUCUUUUUUGGCAUGAAACAAAAUCAUUUCGAGGAUCAAAAGUGAGCUGUGCAUGCCGAAAAACAA